AUGUCCACAUCUUUAGCUCCCAUUGUCGGCCAAAAGCGACGUCGUAAACUUGUGAAAUCCGAUGAUAAUGACGUAACAGCAAAUACCACCGGUGCUAAGCAACGGCGCAAACUGUCUAAAACAGAGGAAGUUGGCGGUGAUGAUGAUAAAGAGUCAAGCCGAUCAAAUCAUGAUAGUUCUUUGGACGAUGAUGGGUUAAAGGUGGGAGGGACAACUUCAGGCUGGACAUCUGAACAACGCACCCAACUCCUAGAUGCUAUCAUCAAACGACUUCCUCCUCUGGACUGGAAGCAAAUUGCUGGCGAGGUUGAGGGAAAAUCAUCGACAAUGUGUUAUGAUCAAUGGAGAAAAAAGAUGCUAAAUGACAUCAAAAAAUGUGUUUCCGUUCUACCAGAGUAA